UCUCACCUGGCGGAGCGCGCGAUGUGUGUGGACAGCUCCGCCAGUCCCGCGGCCGCAGCAGCAGCAGCAGCAGCAGCAGCAGCUCUCCUCAUGGUCCCCACCUUUUUGCUCUUCUUUUUUUUCGAAAUACCAUGAGUAAGUCCGGCACUCUCAAAGUCAAGUCUCUGUUCAAGUUGAAGUCGCCCGACAAGGAGAACAAGGAGCUGAAGCGGUCGGCGACCCUGCGAGAUGGAGCCGCCACCAGCCCCAUCGACGGGCCGGGGUCGUUACCCACGAGUCCCGAGCCUCUCAGCCCGCGGGACGGCGCCACGCCGCCCGCCGACGCCUCGGCCGCGCACCCGAAAGAAAAGAAGGGACGGCGGCUGCUGUCGUUCAGGCUGAAGCGGAAGAAGUCCAAGCGCAAGACAGAGGACGUGUUCUUCCCCGACACCGACGAACUGGACAGCUUCAGCAGCCACCUGAGCUAUGACCAGAUGAGCAUUUCCACAGAGUGCAGUUUCCGCACAGAAUCGGACUGGGACCCUCAUUGCGAGUCCACCUCCAUGAUCAACUUCGACAUGACUCAGCCAAACACCCUUGCUUCACCCUCCAGAUUCUUCAAGAAUUCAGAGGAGAAGAGGGGAGUGUUAGAUCGCCUCAGCAGCUUCUUCAACCCCAAGAGAAAGAAGAGCAUUCGCAGGCAGCAGUCAGACUCCUCCAACGAUGCACUUUCCCCAACAUCCCCUCUGUCUCCACGUUCACCCCAGUCUGAGGAGGAGGAGGAGGAGGACGGGCUGAAGACUCCGACUCCUUCUCGAAAAGGCAGUGAGCUGACACUUUACGGUGAGGCCAGGACAGGAGCAGAGCGGGGCGACGCCCUCAGCCAGUGCUCCAGUCCCUCAAGCAUAGUUUCCCUGUCAACAGAUGAGCUCCCAUUCGCAGACAGCAGCAGCAGUGGUCGGAGCAGCAUGAGGGAGACCUAUGUGUGCAGGGUCAGCACAGCCAGCGUUGAGAGGAAUUCUGGGAAUGUGACUCCCACAUCUCUGAACCUUGCUACUACCGCUCAUCCAGGCCCGGAAUUAGACCUUGUAGAGUCAGUAUACAAGGAGCCGCAGGUAAAUUCAGACAAAGGCGUCCGGACAAAUGCAGAGGUUUCCACUGAGGGCACUACAGUCAGCCCGGCCACGCUGUCGUCAUUUAAAAUCCCCCUUUCAGCUGAGAUUCCAAAGUCACCUAACCUAAUUUCUAUAAGCUUAGCAUCGAAGAAAACCUCUGUGAAAGUUGGAAAGAAGGGGCACAGCACUGCUCUGACAGGGAUAAGAUUAGGCUCCCAGUCGUCCACCUCACAACUCACCAAGACUCAACAGGAAGAUGAAAAGCCCGUAGAUGAAGAGAAAGGAAACGCCGAGGCCAAAAGGAGAGCUAGGUUAUUCUCUGGGGAAGCUACACAUAUGGCAUGGGGCCCUUCACCUGAUAGAGGGGAAAUAGCCAGAGGUGAUUCGCCUGUCCAACUCCACAAAGCCAUAUGGAUGGAAACACACCUGGGAGAGGAGUGGGAAGGGGAGAAGGAAGGGGAUGUAAUGGAAGAAGGGGAGGAGGGCUUCAGAGCAGACUCGCCUCCGGUGUUGGCUAUACCUGUCACAGUAAUUCCUGAGGAUGACUCUGCCCCCUCAGAGACUUUGCCGCCCAGUGGCAGCUCGCCAGUAACAGCCAUCUCCCUGGUGCUGACGGCAGGGGAGGGCCAAACAAACUUACCGCAGUCGGAGGAACCUGAGACUGGCACCGACUCACAGAAAAGUCCCCCUCGGGAGAAACGCAGAUCGAGAGAAAGUCGCGUGACACGCAAGACUGUGAAUCUGCCUUCGAAGCACAAGGUUUUUGCCCAUAAGGUGUACGUGAGCCCAGAGCCGGGUUUGGAGGGGAGUGGCCCGGCAGGAGAGGAGCACAGCGGGGAUUCAACUUCAAAGAUUUCAGAUCCAACAGAAAUCAAACAACUGCCAAGCCUCCAAAGCAACAACCAUGCAGAACUCAAGGAAGCUAACCGUGAGCCAUUCACAACAACAGAUGAGACGCUCACUGACUCAAAUACUCCUGGGCUUCUAGGUGAAGAAAAAGCAGACUCUGAGGCGUCUGACUUUGAUGAUACCUCUGCACCCUCGGACAUGUACAAAGCAAAGUCAAAAGACUUGGGGUCUGGGAUAAGAGGCAAAGAGACCAACAAGACUAUAUCUUCUAAACCAGGGCCUAAAGCAGCGACAGAGAGUCGGCAUACCACAGCAAGUGAAGCAAAGACCCCAUCCUCAGCAGCUGGAAGCAAGGCCAAAAAUGUCACAACGAAGGCAAAGGGCUCCACAGAGGGCACAAAAGUGGGAGCUUCCGGUGAUAUUCCACAACAGAGGGAACAACGUAGUGAGAAAACUGUUUCUGUGUUACCAACAUUAAAAGACCAAAGCACCAGCGCUUCCUCAAGUGCAGAGAGUUCAAAGUCUAAAAUUCCCAAAAGGACAACAUCAGAUGUUGAUGUGAAAUCCCCAGGGACACCAGAUAAAAAAUCAGUGUCUGAUGCCUCAGACAAACUGCAAAAGCAUCCUAGAACCAAAGAAAAUUCUAAAUCUGCUGUCAGCACAUCCAAAGUUGGCAGGAAACCAAGUUUUGAGGAAGCUAAGGGAGGGAAAUCAGAGACACGAGACAUUUCGCCUACAAAAACCCCACACAAGACAGGAACAAAGCUUAUUAAAGAAAAGUCAAAUGAGGAUGUUGGCUCUAAUAACCUGGUAAAUGGCAAGGAGAAAGAUUACAAGGAGGGAAGUGUUAAAACGGAACACACACUUGAAAGGAAAAGUCUGAAUAUUGAAAAACUGCCACAGAACCAUCUGGAGAAUAAUGCCUCCUUGUCAUCAAAGAGUCGGUUGCCCAUUUCAUCUCCAACAAGAAAGAAUAAUGAUGAUAUAACACAAACCGGUGGCACCAGCCACAAAAAAAUUCCAUCUGAUCUGACAGACUCUGACAGACCAAACAAGAGCUCGGACGGGCAAGAAGUACCUUUCCGAGAGAGACCUGGAGGUGAAAGACCUUUGCAUGUACCUGGAAGUCCCACAAAAGGAGGCAUUUUGUCAACAACACCAUCUAAACACCAGUCUAACAGAAGCAUUAGCCAUGAAGAGAGAGACACUCCCACCUCGUGUGUCUCUCCACCUCCCACAGAGCCAGAUGAAACCUUAAGGCGUUCCAAAUACAACAAGAACAUCAACCAACGUCAGAAGAGUCCAGUAAAGGAUUCAGCUGAUCCCUUAGUAUCUGUGAGCAAACUACCUACAUUGGGUCAGAGAAGCUCCAACAAAAUAAACGUCAAGAAACCUCAACAUUCUGAGAAUUCUGCAAGCACUUCUACGUCAAAGCAGGACUCUGAUAUGAACGCUCAACCAGAGGAAGCUGUCAAACCAUCUGACAGAAUUGUAGCAGAUGGAGCGAAGGACGGAGCCAGUGAUGACAGAUCCAAAGUCAAGACUGUGUCUACAGAGGAAGAGGAAGACAUUAUAAAACCAACAGACAAACAGUCCAGCACCAGUGCUUUCAGGCUGGAAGGAAAAGAGAUGAGCGAAUCAGAGAGCACAACCAGUCCUGCAACUAGAGAGAUUUCAGAAAUCCAGCCAAUACAAAACAAUGAUGCGAUUAUCACAGCAAACGCUCAGGAAGAAGUUACACUAGAGGCAGACCCAGCAUCUAAGUUAUUGCCAAGCAGUGGGGUCGUUAAAAACAUUCCCGCUCAUUCACCAGUCGCUGAUGUAAACAAUGCUGAGGCACAUAGUCGCGGAAUACAGCAGGAAGCUCAACAGCAAGUUAAAGUGGAGUAUUCACCAGAAAAUGAAUCUUGCGUACAAAGUGACAACAAUGCGCAGGGACAGCAAACACCGCUAUUAGUAGGAGACGUUUUAGAGACAACCCAUGUAAUAAGUAACAUAAAACCAGAUUUAAUUCAGGAGAAUGAGCCAAAGCCUGCAGUGGUGGCUCAGGACACAAUACCAGCGCAUGAGGAUGUAACUGAUAUGUCAGCCAAACCUGUUGUUGGUGACAGCAUACACUGUGACAUAAUGACCCACUCUGAUGAGGAUGGUGUUUUGCCCGAUAAUGUUUCCGUUGAAGCAACAACUGAGCCCCACACUGCUAAAGAAGAGGAUACCACAAAAAGUCUUCCUGCUACAUUGGCCUUGAAAGACCAAAAUAAUGGGCCAAAAGAUGCACUUUCGGCUGUUUUAGUUGAUGCUAGCCUGGCCAAUACGGAGCAGCGAAAGGAAAAUGAGUUAUUAAAGGAUCAAACCACAAAUAUAAUUUUUGAAAAUGAUAGGUUGCCCUCUACAAUAGGCAGGGAGUCAGGGAAAAAUGUUGAGGUGGAAGAGAUACAUAAAGAGGAGGUUGGCAGGAAACCACCAAAGGCUUUGCACAUUCAAACAGAGGCUGUGACUGUUUGUGAAUUACCCAAGAAUGUUGAAAAUAAGCCGGACAAAGAGCCUCUUUUACUGGCAGAACAAUUUGAAAGACAGCAGAAAGACUCAAAACCAAAUGAGCAGUUGAAUGGCGCAGCAGUGGAAAGCGCUAACUCACAGAGCAGUUGCAAAGAGGAGCUCGAGGGCAUAACCAUCGAGGAUAAGGCAGAGAAAAACUUUACAAAACCAGGGAAGCCAUAUCAUCCAUCAACAGAGCAGAAAUGUGUACAGCCUGACUCAAAGGAGGGACCACAGACGGUAGCUACAGAUGCCCUGGAAGAGAAGAGGACAGAGGCAGAGCAAGCAAGAAGUGUUCCUAAUGAAGCUACAUCCAGAGUGGUUGACACAAAACAUGAAUGUGAGAUCCUGAUAAAAGAAAACGCGAGUGGCAGCGAGGAAACCCAGCCAAAUGAGCAGCAAACGAUGGCAUCAACAAUGAAAAGUGAACAGGAGCCCAAACUGCUUCUCACCAGAGAUGAGGUCAAGGACGACAUCACAAAAGAAGAGGAGAAACAUGCAAAUGAUGUAAUGGAAAUCCAAACAUCAGGAAUGAAAGCCAUUGGAACUAAAAUGUCGGAAGAUGCAGGUAAUGAAAUACCAAAUGAAACUUCAAAUGAGACUGCUGAAGCUGACGCUAACAAUCAAGCAGACAAGAAAGCCUUAAUUGCCAGAGACUUAGAUGAAGAUAUUAAAACAACAGAGGAAAAUGCGAAUAGCUCAACAGAAUCCAAAUGUCCAACUGCUAACGUAGAACAGAAACCGGAAGCACAAAAAGCUCCAGAAAUAAAAACUGAAAUGGUUGCAACUCAUGAACCGUCAACAGCAAACACUGAUGCUCAAAGUGGCAAAAACACUGAAGAAAAGACUGAAACAAUGAAUUCAUCAGUAAAGAGUUUGGUAAAUGACACUGCAAUUGUGACAAGUGACACUAAAGUUAGCAUUCAACAAGACCUGGCGUCCGGAAACAAGGACAUUUCAAAACCAGAUAAAAACAAAUCAACAGAGUCCAAAGGUCCAAACUAUGUGUUAGAUCAGGAGAGCCACGACACUCAAGAACCCAAAUCUGUAAGCACCAGUGCUGAAGAUACCAAGAAAAAGACCGAAAUAAUGGAUUCCUCUUUAAAGAGUUUGGUGAAUGAAAAUGAAGUUGAGACUGCUUACUUAGACGUUUGCAACCCAAAGGACCGAAUGUCUGUGAUUGGUAGAGACCAAAUUAAGGACAUGGAAAAGGAAGAGAAAAUAAAAACAUCAGAACCUGAACAUCCAAAUUCUAACCUAAAACUGGAACCAGAAACCAUAAAAACAAAGGUGUUGGAGAAGAUCAGUGAGAACCAAAAUAUAAAAAUUUAUACAACUCAAGAAAUUGACUCCAUAAGCACUGGUGCUAUAGAUACCAAAGACAAUACUGAAUCUGUAAAGAGUUUGACUGCUAAUAGCAAAGAAGCAAAGACUGUAACAAAGGAAUCUGUAGAGAUAACAGAAGAUGCCAAAUUACCUGCAAACUCAAGUCUUUCCACAGUAGCUAGUAAGAGUGAUGAGAUAAAGAAACAGAAAACCAUCACCAAAGAAUGUGUUCAAGAUCAGGAUGAAGUGACGAAGCAAGAGGCUGAGCAGAAAAUCAUUUCAAAGAUAGAUGUCAAGCAAGCAUCAGAACUUAUUUUUGUGAAAGAUGCGUCCACCAAGAAAGUUGGUGGAGAACAAAUGGACAAGUCCAGUGUUAUGUUAAAUAAAAUUCCUAUUAGUAAAGAUGCUCAGAAGAAUAAUGAAGGUAAAAAAGAAAAUAUAUCAAAACAUGAAUUCCAGUCUUUAAGAGAGGAGAACAUCCUGAACCUCACUGAUCCACAAAAACCUGCAAAGCCAAAGCCCAAUGGCAGUUUGUUUCCUCCUGCCACAGCAAAGCCGUCCACCUCCUCUCAAAGUCCUCAGCUGAGGAAGGAAUCUCCAUCUAGCUGGUUGGACGUGGAACAUCGUCAGAAACAGAAGAAGGAACACAAGAGAAGACUAAAUGCGUCCGCCAGUGAAGAUGAAUCGGUGGAGCCUGAUGACUUUGAUGAUUUUAUCAGCAGCAUAAAGAGGGGUGGAAUUCCUUUCUCAGUACCUACAAGGAGGAACAUCCGUAAAAAGUCCCCAUCUCCACCUUUUGCUAUGCCCGCCAUCAAGGAGGACCGUUUUGAGAGAACAUUUGAUCCUGCAGAAUUCCAGUUUGGCUUAAGGAAAAAUGGCAAAAUCUUUAAGGAUCCUUCACCAGCUAUGGCGAUGAAGCAGAACGCAGCCAAUAGGGAAGGACGGACCCAGGAAAAACGCGCACAAGACAAUGCCCUGCCCACAUCUAGGGACAAAAAUAAAUCACUUGAUGAGGUGGAAGGAAAAGAAGGAGUCAAAGAGGCGACCAAAGCUGAAGCAAGAAAAGAAGAAGGACAAGGCAAUGGAGAGGAGCCUGGGAAGUUAACGUCAAGACUUGAAAGGAUGUCCAUCCUCUCUAGCUUAAGGAGUUACUCAAGGAAGACCAAAGAGGAAACAAACUCUGCCUCAAACAGCUCAUUUUCAUCGAGCCAACAAAGAGACAUGCCUGCUCUUGGAAAGCAGGGUGCUGCUGAUUCACUUCUGCCUGGUGCUGGAGCAGAUAAGGAGGGCGUGAAGAAUAUGGAUCAAGGCCCACUAGUGGGUGGUGGUAAAGGUACAAUUAGUGAGUCAGCACUUAGCCCUUCCUCUCCUCCUCCUCUGCCACAGUUCGCAGAGAUAAAGCUGCCUGAUCAUUUAGAUAAAUACCUGAAGAAGAACAAAACAGAAUCUGAGGCCUCCAAGGGCUCCACACAAAUGACUAAAACUGAACUGAAUCCUGAGGGGAGCGCUGUUAUGGACCAGGCCUUGAUAUCAGGAGUACCCACUGUGGAUGUGGGCCUGAAGGGCCCUGCUGCUCCGCCUCCAACCACCAACUACAGCCAGCAGAAUUCCCAAAGAAGACUUUCGACUACUAAGAAAAAGACACCUGUAGUGAGAGGGGUCCACAAAAGGCCCGGAAAGAUUGUCAUUCACGAACAAGCUCAGUUUGGAGGGGAAGCGUUGGAGUUCUGCCGCGAUGUAGAGGAUGCCACCAUGAUGACGCUGUCCCCCGUCAUCUCAGUCAGAGUCAUCAGAGGAUGCUGGCUUAUCUAUGAAAAACCUGGCUUCCAGGGGCGUUUAAUCGCACUUGAGGAGGGUCCCACAGAGCACAUAGUGAAUGUGUGGGCAGAUGAGGGAACUCCAACAACACUGGACCAGAAUGGUCAGCCUGUUCCAACCACACCCAUGGUCAUAGGUUCUCUCCGAUUGGCAGUUAAAGACUAUAGCAUGCCCCGGAUUGACCUGUUUUCAGAGGUUAAUGGGAUGGGGAGGAUGUCAUCUUACUGUGACGACACUGUGGAGAUCGCCUCCUACGGGAUCCCACAGACCACUGGCUCCAUUAAGGUCCAUUCUGGAGUCUGGUUGGUGUAUGCUGAUCCAGGCUUUGGAGGUUUUAUAGGCGUGCUGGAGGUGGGCGAGUACCCCUGCCCAGAGAGCUGGGGUUUCUCUGAGCCCUUCAUCGGCUCGCUCAGGCCCCUCCGAAUGGGAGCAAUAAAGGUGGAGCAUCCGCAUGAAGUCAAGGCCUUAGUGUUUGAGAAGCCCAACUUUGAAGGAGAGUGCAUACAGGUGGACAGUGAUGUGUACAACUUGCAAGAACAGGAAGAGGAGGAAACAGAAAAACGUGACGAGAACAAGAAGACUUUGCCUACAGUCGGCUCUUUAAAGAUACUCCGUGGUCUCUGGGUGGGCUAUCUAGAGGCAGACUUUGAGGGCCAGCAGUACAUUCUGGAGGAGGGGGAGUAUCCUCACUGCAGUGACUGGGGAGGAUCUGAGGAUGGGCUCCUGUCCCUCCGGCCUGUGUGCACAGAUUUCCUAUCUCCACAUGUUAAACUGUUCAGCGAGCAGAACUUUGAUCAGCUGGGGCUCAACGCGGACUUGAUGGGUCCCAUCCUCAACAUGGAGGAUAUCAGCCACGGUGUCAGGUCCCAGUCCGUUGACGUCAUGGGUGGAGUAUGGGUGGCGUUUGAAAAGCCUGGAUUCAGCGGCGAGCUUUACGUGCUGGAGAAAGGCCUGUACGCAAACCCAGAGGACUGGGGAGCCCAGAACUUCAAGAUCUCCUCCAUACAGCCAGUCUUCCACGAAAUGCUGAUGGGAUCUACAAAAUUCAAGGUGCAGCUGUACUCUGAGCCAGGCUUCCAGGGGAGGCUGGUGGUUCUGGAGGAGAGCACAGCAGCUCUGGAUGACGACUUCAUGCCCCGGUCCUGUAAGGUGCUGGCUGGCAGUUGGGUGGCCUAUGAAGGAGCCCAGUUCACAGAGACCAUGUAUGUGCUGGAGGAGGGAGAAUACCCCAACACUGUGGCCAUGGGCUUCCUGUCCUCAGAGUCUACCCUCCGCUCCAUACACACCACUGGACAUGAGCUGUCUCUGCCCUCCAUCACCCUGUUCAGUAAGGUUGGCCGUCGGGGUCGCAGGGUGAUGCUGACCAAUGGAGUUGUGAAUCUGCUGCAGGCAGGCCUGGACACACACAUACGUUCCCUGGUGGUGGAGGGAGGAAUGUGGGUGUUGUAUGAAGGCAGUAACUACCGUGGUCGACAGCUGCUUCUUCAGCCGAGUCAAGUGACUGACUUUUGCAAGUUAAGUAACUGGAAGCAAAUAGGAUCCCUGCGCCCGUUACUCCAGAAGCAGAUGCACUUCCUGCUGCGUAACAAGGAGACAGGAUGUAUCAUGUCGCUGACAGGAACUUUGGAUGACAUUAAACUGAUGAGAGUUCAGGCUGUGGAUGAGACAGGAGGAGUAGAGCAGGUCUGGCUCUAUCGGGACGGACAGCUUACCUGCAAGCUGAUUGAGGACUGUUGCCUGGAGACCUCAAGCAGUGUGGUGAUGGCGGGCAGUCGACUCUGCGUAUCCCCAGAGCGGGGCAAGGACAACCAGCUGUGGAAUAUCACCCCAGAUGGCCUGGUGCACAGCCACCUACAACCUGAUCUGGUCCUGGAGGUCAAAGGUGGACAACAAUACGACAAAAACCAGGUGAUCCUCAACACAUUUGAUGACAGAAAACUGAACCAAAGGUGGACCUUGGAGAUCCUGUGAGAGGAGAAGCUCUGCUGUGGCCACCCCACAGGUCCCUGCUGCGGCGCUGCGAGAGCACUGGGCCCUGUGAUGUGGCUGCAACGCGGAACCCCCUCUUAUUGAGGAGUGUCAACAUUGACUGGACCAAAUGCUAGUUAUUAACCAAAGUUUGGAAAAACAUGCACUCACAUAGCAGCUGAUGAAAUAGUUUCCUCUUUUUCAGAAUGAAUGUGUAAGAUAAAAUGCUACAAAUUGUUAGCCACUUGAUUUUUGAACACUGUUCACCAAAGACUUCUCCAGGCCUCUCCAUGUUUUAACUGCACGUAGUGAAAACUCAGCCCUGUCUCAAUGCUGAAUACUUCUCUUUAUUUCACGGUACUUUUCUAUUGCAUGGAUUCAGUGUGUGUUCUCUGAUCUUCGUGGGGACAAAUAUGAAUGUAUACUUCACACUGAUGGCUGCAAUAUGAAGUCGGAUGUGACUACACUCCAAAGAUGCAUUUAGAUGAAUUCUUUUUGUAAUUACCGUGGAUCAUGUAAAGUUUUGAUAUAUAUUUUUAGGUCUUUUUAGAACUUAGGUUUUACACAAACUGUACUUUAAUGCAUUAGGUUGUACAUAAGCGUCAAGUGUAUAAAGUUUAAAAUUUCAAAGCAAAACUGCCACAAUCAUGCUGCCCACUGUUAAAUGUAAAUAUAUGAAUGUAUGAGUCAAGUGUUACACUAAAAAAUUCAAAUAAAUGGUUUUCUCUGCUGCAA